CAUUAAUAAGCAUUUGAAAUGAACAUAAUUCAAGUGAUUUAUUGAACAGUCAUAGCUUGAAUAUCUCCAACCAGAAAAGAUUAGUAUCGUCAUUGCUCAUCAAGCAAAGUUGAUAUCAUAGACUUAACACCCUACCCUGCAGUGAAAUAUCGUUUUCAAAUGAUAAUGCCACUCAAUCAGUGAUCAUCCGGUUCAAGUGCUUUUAAUAAGGGGGAACUUUUGCUACCUCAAAACAUAAAAGUGAUUCCAAACUGAAAAAAAGAAGGAAACAAAGCAAAACCCCCUCAGGUCUGCCCUUAACAGUAUGGUGGCGCGGAACUUUUCGCUCCAGGAUCUGCCGUACAAUAAUCUGCUGCAAGUGCCGGAAGAGGAGCGUGAAUUCUUGACGUUGGAAGAGCUCAAGCCACACCAGCUGACCGAGCUGGGCGUGUCCAUUGUGACCUCGCCGGGAUCCAACACGUUGGUGACUAGCAUCGGUGGUAGUGGAACCACGAUGGUGGCCAGUGACAUUACGAGCCAUUCGUCGGCGUCGGGGACUGUGCUAAGUACGGGUAGUCUGCUGCAGAACUAUCACCAUCAUCAGCAUCAGCAGCAGCAGCAGCAUCACCAGCAUCUUAAUGGAUACUACGAUAUCGUUACGGCACGAUCGCCGGCCAAUGCAAGUACCGCCGGAAAUGAGCACCUGACGGCGACGACAGCCUCCUCGGUGAUCUCGCUCGACCCGAUGCAGGGCAGCAGCUCGGUGGUGGGCACAGCCGCGGUGGCUCAUCAGCCGGGAGAUCAGCAACCUUAUCAACAGCACCACCAUCAGCAUCAUCAUCAUCAUCAUCCCCAGCUGCACAGUCAGCAUCCGGACACGGAUGGAGGGGGCAGCGAAAAUGAUGGCGGAGGUGGCGGUAGCAGGAAGAGGAAAUUUUCGUACAAUGACAAUAGUGAUAUUGAGGACGACACGGGUGACGAUGCCAAAUCAGUUCGAACUACAGACGAUAACAAAAAACAAAACCACAGCGAAAUUGAGAAACGUCGACGUGAUAAGAUGAACACGUACAUCACGGAGCUGUCGGCGAUGAUUCCGAUGUGCCACGCCAUGUCCCGCAAGCUGGACAAGCUCACCGUGCUUCGGAUGGCCGUGCAGCACCUGAAGACGAUCCGGGGCGCGGUCCACUCGUACACCGAGGGUCACUACAAGCCGGCGUUCCUGUCGGACCAGGAGCUCAAGAUGUUGAUCCUGCAGGCGGCCGAGGGCUUCCUGUUUGUGGUGGGUUGCGACCGGGGCCGGAUUCUGUACGUGUCGGAGUCGGUGUCGCAGAUCUUGAACUACUCGCAGGGCGAUCUGCUCGGGCAGAGCUGGUUCGACAUUCUGCACCCGAAGGACGUGGCCAAGGUGAAGGAGCAGCUGUCGUCGUCAGAUUUGAGCCCGCGGGAGCGGCUGAUCGAUGCCAAAACAAUGCUUCCGGUGAAAACUGAUGUUCCUCAGGGGGUGACGAGGCUGUGUCCGGGGGCGAGGAGGUCGUUCUUCUGCCGAAUGAAGUGCAAAACCAACGUUCAGGUGAAGGAGGAAGCCGAAAGUGGGAACACCUCGUCGUCGAGUUGCCAUCGGAGGAAGGGCAAGGUCAAUUCGGACAAAAAGUAUUCCGUUAUCCAGUGCACCGGCUAUCUCAAGUCCUGGGCUCCGGCAAAAAUAGGACUCGAAGAGCAUGAAACCGAUGGUGAAGGAGACUCGUGCAAUUUGUCAUGCUUGGUGGCGGUUGGCCGGGUUCAACCGAGCCUCUUCCAACCCCCUAUCGCUCCAUCCGGCACCAACCUCAGCAAUCAACGACCGACGAUGGAGGGUGGAGGCGCCGGUACUGAUCGUUCCGGAACCAACGGCUGCAAAGGGACCAGCCGAAAUAAUAUUCCAAACCUGAGAAAUGUACAAUUCAUCUCGCGACAUGCCAUGGACGGCAAGUUCCUGUUUGUGGACCAACGGGCCACGCUGGUGUUGGGCUUCCUGCCACAGGAACUGCUCGGCACGAGUAUGUACGAGUACUACCAUCACGAGGAUAUUCCUGCGCUGGCCGAAUCCCACAAAGCGGCCCUCCAGGGGAACCAGUGCGUAACGACGCCGGUCUAUCGGUUACGGAUCAAGGAAAGUGGCUUCGUGCGGUUGCAAAGUGAGUGGAAGUCGUUCCGGAAUCCGUGGACCAAGGAGAUCGAAUAUCUGAUCGCGAAAAACAAUGUGAUAUUGUCGGAGUUGGUGGAGAGUGGGGGACCCAGCGGAAGGACCAUGACCGGUGGGACUACCGUGCACGGAAGUAAUGGCAACGGUGGAGGUGGUGGGAGUAGCAGCAAUAGCACCGAACUCGGCGGUGGUGACGGAAACAACGAAUCUAAUAGACAAGGAACGGUUGGAUAUGAUAUUUUCAAUAAUUCUGCAAAUGGCAGAGAAAUACAACGAAUGAUAAACUCGCACGUGGAGGCUGGCAAAAUCGGGCGACAGAUUGCAGAGCAGGUUCUGGACCACCAACGCAGGACGGGAGAAUCGUCUGCUGAGAGCAGUCCGGACCCGGCGGAACCACCCGGUCUUCCAGGAAAUUUCACGCCGGCUAUCAUCCAGGAGGCGAGCAACCUGCCCAGCGAGGCCAUCGCCGCCGUUGAACGCACCCUGGCCCUGUCGUCGGGCGUCUCGCCGGCCUCCUCCUCGGGUGGGGGAGCCCCCGGAACGCCCCAACGGGUCAACGGUACGCUGCCCGGGUACAACCACGUCCGGAACAACUCCAACUCCAUCAUGAGUCCCGAGCACGAGGUACCGCACGUCCAGGUCAACGCCAGUUCGGCCGCGGCUGCCGCUGCCGCCGCCGACGGGAAUGACGAGGCGGCGAUGGCCGUGAUCAUGAGCCUGCUGGAGGCGGACGCCGGGCUCGGUGGCCCAGUGGACUUUUCCGGACUGCCGUGGCCGCUGCCCUAGAGGAGGACAGCAAUCGAGUCAUUCCGAACCCAUCAACCACGUAGAAGAAAAGACAUCAUCAAUCCAUCAACAGCAACAACUAACCACGCAAUGAAAUUAAGUUACCAACUUUUUAGUGAAUGAUAAGGUAGACAAAAAGUAUACAAAUUAUUUCUAUUUUGUGUUUAUUGUUUAAAAUAAUUGAAAUAAAACAAAUAUU